AUGCAAUAUCCCGCUAUGGGCACUCAUGAAAAGACAUCUCUAUGGCACUCUCUCUCAUCCAACCAUCGGAAAGAGCGCAAAGAGCGCAAAGAGCACAAAGACCGCAAAGCAGAGAUAUCCACCAUAGCAAGAACCACUGUGAUCACACCAGCACAUUUUCCAUCAUGGCCCCGAGGCCGCAUCAAUAGCUCCAAUACAUCGAACAUCCUAGGAGAGCAGCCGUCAAAUCUUCCACCACCGUACGUGGACGCAGUGAUCCCCACAAUCAGAAUCAGCGCUCCCGAAGAGCCGGAACCCGAUUCUCAGUACGCCUUCCUCGGUACAUUUCACACAAUCUUUUUGGUAGACGAUAGCUCUAGCAUGAGGGGCGAACUUUGGAACGAAGCCAAAGAUGCCCUCGCAGCGAUCACGCCAGUCUGCACCAAAUACGACAGUGAGGGAAUCGACAUCUACUUUAUCAAUCACCGGUCCAAGUCCAACACCAACUUGAAUUAUAAUUACAGCCCCAGCCGAUGCCCCAAACUCGAUGCCGGUGGAUAUCACAACAUCAGGACCGCGCAACGUGUGAGCGAGAUCUUCUCCUCCGUCAGACCCUCUGGCGGAACAGGAGUUGGUCGUCGUCUGUUUGAAAUUUUGGACCCAUAUACCAAGUUGGUGGAAGCAAAGGAGGCAGAGAGGCGAGCGCAAAAGGGCCCAUCUGGCCCGGGCUUGUUGGUUAAGCCGAUCAAUAUCAUCACAAUUACCGAUGGGGUGUUUACGGAUGAUGCGGAGAGCGUUAUCAUUAAGACGGCUCAGGUACUGGAUGGACCUUCUUGUCGUGCUAUUCCAUGGCAGGUUGGGAUUCAGUUCUUUCAGAUUGGGAAUGAUGAGAUGGCUCGGCAGUACUUGGAGGUUUUGGAUAAAGACCUUGGGAGUCGGUGCCAUGCCUUACAUCUAAGAGAUAUUGUUGAUACUGUUCCUUGGAGAAAUCGGGCUGGAGAAUGCUUGGAUGGGUAUGGGAUUUUAAAGACUGUGCUUGGAGCCGUUCACAAGAGGUUGGAUCGAGAUUGGGAGUGUUAG